CGGUGGACGCCGUGGUGCUUAAUCGAAGCUGUCAAUCAGCAAAUCACCAACAUUACCAAGAGAGCCAACACAAAAAAGCAGCAGCAGCAGCAGCAGCACCAUCGAUAAAUAGUAGGCACCAUUCCGCGGCCCUCGCCCGGAAUAUUCCGAUUGCUCGCGCUCGAAUCGAGAGCGCCCGCGCGGCGCGCCGCCGCCCCGUGGUUCACCUGCGUGCAGCAAAGCAAUCGACGAGGAGGAGGAGCAGCAAUCGUCCGCCACACACCGUGUCCUGCACACGAAGGCGUUCGUCGAGCACAGAAGGGGCAGGGUAGUGCAAACAGUGAAGUGCGCGCGGCGGUACGCGAACCCCCCCGCAGGAAAGCGUCAGAGCAUCGCGUUUUCAGCGCGUUUCCCGCAACACUCCCGGAAGCGGCCAGUCCGUCCAGUGUCGGUGGACGGGCAAACGCGCGCCCAUCGUAUCCGCGCAGCAGCAAGCGUGAAUCCGGAAGUGCGAUAGCGCGCAAAGUGUCGUCUGCUUCUGUGUGUGGCAGCAGUUGUUUACCUUCGGCUGCACAACGCAUCAAUCGCGCGGUGCUGGAGAGGAAAAAAAUCGGAACCGUCGGCAUUCGGCAGCCGCCAAAGGCAAAAGUUUGUAGGGCACCGAAUACGGUGGCAGUGACACCCCCCCCCCGGGGAAAGUGCCAAACGUGCCAAAGUCGUGCCCAGCAUCUCGCGCGGAUUGCUUUGUUUUGCUUUCUUUCUGUCUGAUUGACGCAAAGCUGACAUCCGGAGCUGGUGCUGGCAGGUUCUUUGCGUUGUUAAGAUCGUUAAAACGUUACAGUAUGUUACGGUGAACGGUGCUGCUAAAUUGCUUGGCAUCUUUGCGGAGUUGCACGCCUGUUUGUGUUGCGGACUGUGUGUGGCUGACUGUGUGUGGCUUGUAGGGUAGACUCCUCGCCCCGCCAGUGUUUUUUUUUUCUUCCUCACCCCGUGCCCUCAGAUGGUUGCACCCUGAGCGCCGGAGGAGUGGAAUGCUGUACGAUUAUCAGCCUCAGCCUUAUCAGCAGCAGCAGCACCUGCCGCAAGAAGGAGGAGGAGGAGCAGGAGCAGGCGCAGGAGGAAGGGGAGGCAAAGCAGGUGGAAGAGGAGGCAGAAGAGGUGGCGGAGGAGCGAGCAAAGGAGCGUCAGCCACAAUGCCGAAGAAGGAUUCCAAGUCCGAUGAGGGCGGCCGCAAAACCAAGAUGAGCCAGGCGGCUGCGGCCAAGCUCGAGCAGCAACAGCAGCAGCAGCAGCAGCAACAACAGCAGCAGCAGCAGCAGCAGCAGCAGCAGCAGCAGCAACAGCAGCAGGAUGACGGUACGGGCAUGAAGGGCGGACCUGGUGGUCCGGGUACGGGCAGACCGGGCUCGGUCGGGCCUGGCGGCCCUGGCGGGAUGAAACAGUCGGACGGUUGCAGUAUUAACGCCGGCGGCGGCGUUCCCGGACCCAACAGCGGUGUGAUGGAUGCGCUCGGCAAGCCGGGUGGUCCGGUGAUGGGUGGCGGCGGUCCGCUGGACGGUGUCGGAGGGCAUCCGCUCGACGGCAAGAUGAAUCCCGGCCUGGCGGGCAUGAUGGCGGGCAACAAGCCGUCGAACAAGCUGGAGUACACGCAGCAGCAGAGCCAGAUAUUCGUCUUCUCGACGGCGCUGGCGAACAAGGGCGCCGAGGCGGUGCUGAGUGGCCAGUUCAACUCGAUCAUCGCGUACCAUUGCGCCCAGAUGCAGAAACAGAACCGGCUCGGUGGCCCAGGACCGGACGAGAUGAGCGGGAACAGCGUCGGCCCGGGUGCGAUGUCACCGUGGAUGGACCACGGGCACCACGGGCACGGUUCGCCCGAUCAUCAUCCGAUGGGCCCGCGUGGUAUGGGCGGACCGGGUGGACCGCCGGACGGUAUGAAAAAGUCCGCCACCAUUCACCAUACGGCCAACGCGUCCUGCCUGGAGAAUGACGGUUCGCUGCCAAUGUUCGGUGGCGGUGGCGGUGUCCCCGACGGGCAUAUGCCGCCGCAUAUGCGCAUGGGACCGGGCGGAGGCCCGGGUCUCGACCCGUCGAUGGUGAUGGGGAAAAAAUCGGCCACCAUCCAUCAUACGCCGAACGCGUGCAUGGAUCAGGACGGAAGCGGUUUACCGAUGUACCCGUCGGACGGUCACGGCGGUGGCCCACCACACAUGCGCAUGAAUCCGGACGGAAUGUCGAAACCGUCCACGAUCCACCAUACGCCCAGCUCGUGCAUGGAGGGCGACGGUGGCGGUGAUCCGGGUGUGGGCGGCCAUCCGGGCGUGAAGAUGGAAAAUCCGUCGCCCGUUGGGUCGCACAUUUCGCCCAGUGGUGGGGGCGGCGGUGGUGUCCCUGGCGGCGGGCCCGGCGGUGGCCACGGUGGCGGCGGACCUGGCGGUAUGGGCGGCCCGGGAGGACCGGGAAGUGGUGGACCGGGUGGCAGUCACUCGAGCUCGACCAUCAUCGACCAGAUGAACUCGCUCGUGGCCUCGCUGCCGCUGAUGAAGGGCGGCAAUGUGCUGUCGCAAUCCCGUGGCCAUCCGCAGCCGUCGCUGCAGGGCGUGAAGGUGCCGGACGAAAACCUGACGCCCCAGCAGCGGCAACACCGCGAACAGCAGCUGGCAACGCUGCGCCAGAUGCAGAAGAUGUUCUUUCCCGAGCAGCGGGGCAUGGGCAUGGAUCCGCACGGCAUGGGCAUGAGGCCGCAGUUCCGCGGACCGGCCGGUGGGAUGCCGCCGGACUUUGGUGGACCGCCGAACCGACCGCUCAAUCCUGCCUUCAUGAACACGCCCCUCGGCAGUGGCGGUGUCGGCGGCCCAGGCAUGGGCGGCCCGGUGGACGGGGGGCCGGGCCCAGGCCCGGGACCGGGACCGGGCAUGAUCAACGAGCAGAUUCCGCCGAUGCAAUACAACAAACCGAACAUGAUGAACCCUGGCAUGUACGGUGGCGGCAUGGGAGGCGGCGGCGGCGGCGGCCACGGCGGUGGACCGAUGGGAGGCCCGAUGGGUGGCCCGAUGGGCGGACCGAUGGGAGGGCCCGGUGGACCGAUGGGUGGUCCGAUGGGUGGCCCGAUGGGUGGUCCCGGCGGUGGUGGCCCGAUGAAUCGUAUGUACAAAGCGGAUCCCGACCCCAUCUUUCCACCCAUGACGGAGAUGGGAGGGUACGGCGGCGGAGGCGGCGGUGUGAUGAAUAACCACGGGCCCGGCAUGUUCAAUCCCGGCAUGCAGCAGCGAAUGGGCAUGCCACCGGGUGGUGGCGGUCCCGGCCCGGGCGGUGGCGGCCCGAUGGGGGGCGGUCCCGUUGGCCACAUGAUGGGGGGACCGAAGAUGGGCCCAGAUCCGUCGAUGCUCGGCGGGCCCGGUGGUCCCAUACCGCAGUCGCCCCUGAUGGACGACGAUCUGAGCAAGGGCUCGAUGCAGCAGCAGCAGCAGCAACAGCAGCAAAUGAUGCUUCCCGCAAAUCCACCUCUUCCGCAGCAACCGGGCACACCGACGGGCGGUGUCGGCAGUAACGGUGGCCCCAUGUCGGUCGGCAUGAACCCGGGCCUCAAUCCCAACGGCGCGAAUGGAACGGUGAACAAUAAUGGCAAAACGAAAGAGCCCUCCCUCUCGCCCGAGCAACAGCAGCAGCAACAACAAGGUGGUCCUGGUUCGAACCAGCAACAGCAAGGACCCGGCAGUCAGCAGGGGCCACUGACGCCCCAAACGCCCCAAGGCGGACAGCAAACGCCUGGACAACCUCUUACCCCACAGACAUCGAUGGCCGGAUCGUAGAGCCAACCCAGACACACAAACACACAUACACUCAUCCAUAUACAUCCCCACAGUCCCAACAGAGAACUCAAGCAUCAAGAAAUGAUUGUUUUUGUGUGAAAGAGUGAGAGAAAGAUAGAGGAAGAGAGGAAGCAGAGAGGAAAGGGAAGCAAGAUGUAAAAAAAUAGACAAGAAAAUGGACAAUGAUCGUUCGAGGGCAAAGCAUUUUGGCCGUAGAGCACCCAUUACCGGUCCUUGUCUAAGGAAAAAAACCUCCCAGUAGCUCACAUACAUCCAUACACUUAAAACACACACACACAAACAGUCCCACAUACAUUAUACACAUGAGCAACAAAUCUGCCUUAUCAUUACCGAAUGAAUACGAGCAAAAUGCAAAGAGAAAGCAACAAGAUAAUACAAA